AUGGCUGAAAUAAAGACUGGAAUCUUUGCAAAAAACGUCCAGAAAAGGCUGAACAGGGCACAGGAGAAGGUGCUGCAAAAGCUGGGCAAGGCAGACGAGACGAAAGAUGAACAGUUUGAGCAAGUUGUCAUCAACUUCAGGAGACAAGAGUCAGAGGGUUCCAGACUGCAGAGGGAGAUGAAGGCCUACAUGGCUGCCAUUAAAGCAAUGCAACAGGCCUCCAUCAACCUGACAGAAUCUCUCCAUGAAGUAUAUGAACCAGAUUGGCAUGGCAAAGACGACGUUAUGAUUAUUGGGAAAGACUGUGAUGCGUUGUGGGAAGACUUCCAUAAUAAGUUAGUGGACUCCACUCUUCUCAACCUGGAUGCCUACCUGCAGCAGUUCCCAGAUCUCAAGAACCGGGUGGCCAAACGCAGCCGGAAGUUGAUUGACUUUGACAGUGCUCGGCACCACGUGGAAACACUGCAGGCCUCUGGAAUCAGAAAUGACCGGAAAGUGAUAAAGGCGGAGGAAGAGUUGAAGAAAGCCCAGAAAGUGUUUGAUGAACUAAAUGUUGGUCUGCAGGAUGAACUGCCUACUCUCUGGGACAGCCGAGUUGGGUUCUAUAUCAGCACAUUCAAGAAUGUCACAAGCUUGGAAGCCAAGUUCCACCGCGAGAUCUUUCUGCUGUGCAAGCAACUUUAUGAAGUGAUGACAAAGCUUGGCGAACAGCAUUCUGACAAAAUGUUCACCAUCCAAGGAGCACCAAGUGAUUCAGGUCCGCUGCGGCUUGCCAGAACCCCAUCACCACCAGAUGAUGAAACUCCACCUGAGAGUCCAGAUGCUGGUUCAAACCACAUGCUUCGCCCUGUCUCACCAGGCCCACCACGGCCCAAAUCCCCCUCUCAGCUCAAAAAGGGACCUCCGGUGCCCCCACCACCCAAGGUUACACCCACCAAGGAAGUAGCACAGGAGCAAAUCAUUGACCUGUUUGGAGGAGAAUUCUUACCAGCACCUUCCCCAUCACAGCCAAAUGAAAGACCAGGAGAAUCACUUCUGGACCUGGACUUUGAUGCUUUCCAACCGGAUGAGAGCGUAUCACCCAUACCACAGACAGCCCUACCCUGGGACAUGUGGUCGGGAAAUGCUCAACCAGCUCAGCCUGCCACAGAUGCUGGCUUCAUCGCUGACUGGUCUGCCGACUUUGGCUCAGCAGGAGCAAAUGGAGACAGGGCGUCAGCAACCUCUGAGGCCCUCACUGUAGGGCAGGAUGAGACUCAAGGCUCUCCUCCAGAAGGUGGCUGGGCAGGCCAGACAGGGGAAGCCACUACAGUUCCACAGCCACAAGAGAGCGAAGCCACAACAACAGCUGGAGAUGAGACCACCAGUGCUUUUAAUGGCUUUUCACAGGAUGCAGCGGCUCCAUCAUUUUUUGCUGAUUUUGACAAGAUGAAUGAGGUGAGCACUGCUGCUGAAGCAGCUGAGUCCACUCCCAGAGACUUAGAGAUGAAAGCUGCCCCUCAGGCAAUGGCUGAGCCUAGAGAAGUCCCCGAGGAGCCCACUGUGCCCCCUGCUGGUGAAGCUGCAUCAUCAGAAAUUACCCCCAGCCCUAAGGAGGAGAAGCCUGCGUCUACUGUUGGGUCUCCAGUUGAGUUUGCAGCCACGGAGGAGAUGGCGCUCGCUGAGACACAGCCUGCUGAAGAGACCAGAACACCUCCCAGUGAAGCAACCCCACUGGAAAUACAGUCAACUCCAGAAGAAAAGGGGAGCCCUGUGAAUGAAGCCUUGGAAAUACAGUCAACUCCAGAAGAAAAGGGGAGCCCUGUGAAUGAAGCCUUGGAAAUACAGUCAACUCCAGAAGAAAAGGGGAGCCCUGUGAAUGAAGCCUUGGAAAAGAUGUCCAUCCCCUCUGUAGUGAUUGAGCCUGCCUCCAGCAAUGAGGGUGAUGAUGACCAUGAUGGUGACAUCAUUUCCCCCGCCACCAUUAGUGAUAAUGGGGUACUGCCAGAAAGCCAAGUGGCCAAAGACAUAACUUCCUCUGAUGGAGUACAAGGGCUCCCUGAUGGCUACAUGUACAAGGUAGAGACGAUGCAUGACUUUGAGGCUGCAAAUUCAGAUGAGCUUGAGCUGAAGCGAGGUGAUGUGGUUCUGGUGGUUCCCACUGCUUUAGCAGAAGAUCAGGAUGCUGGUUGGCUCACAGGUAUCAAAGAAAGUGACUGGUUAACACUUGGAACGAGUGCCCAAAGAGGACUCUUCCCAGAAAACUUCACACAGCGUUUGGAGUAAUGGCGUGAGGCUGGCAGAGAGAGAAACGAGACAUGAGUGUCCAUUGCUUCCUGUCAGCAUGUAGCUGAACUGUCUUCUAACUUGUCUAAGACGUCUGUGUGACCUUGCCUGCUAGCCAAAUCAAGGUUCUUAAUGCAGGAAACGCCACAUUCUACAGAAACCAAACCACUUGAUAAUAAAAGCUAGUCCCCACUCAAAGUAAAACGCAACCUUAAGUGAGCAUGAUGUGGUAAUAUGGCACCCUCCUUUGAAAGUGAGACAUUUGUUCUUUCUUCUGUUUGUGGAAAUCUGUAAGCAAACCAAUAAAUGUUAGGUGCUUUGUUGAGAGUGUGGUGGUCUCUACAUCUUCACCCAUCCAUGUCAAGGAAAAAUGAAGUGGAACAUUUUGUCCUCAAGGAAAAAAAAUGACCUUACCUUCUCUGCACUAAGUGUAUUGUAUUGAUUUUGUUGCUCUGCAGUGAAGUAUAUCAGAAUUUGUUGUGCUGUGAUCUAUUAAACUGUUCUUGCGUGUUUCAUGAGAAUAUUCACUGUUUUUUGUUUUUUUGUUGUUUUUGUUUUUUUGAAGAUACUUCAGCCAUGAUUGUUACCUUUCUCAUUUCCGGCACUCUUGUGGUAUCAUGGCUGCACCCGAGGGGCUGUGGUGAUAACUUGCAUCUUGGACAGUAUUUGCUGAGCUCUUGCCAAAACAUAAUUGACAUUCCAUUUGAACUUGAAAUGAUAGCAUUGUGAAAGACAGCAGUUGUAAGUUGAAAUAUAUAAUGAAUAUUAAAAGUUGAAAAUAUAAAAUAUAUUUCCCUCCCAUCAAACAAAUUAUUGCAUAUAUGUUGUCUAUCAACAUUUACAAAAAUGACAUCAACCAGCAAAAGAUGCCUAUUUGUAAAUUAAAUUGUAUGUUCUAAGAAGUUGACUUAAUAUUUUUGAAGUCUGUGAUCACAGGGAGGUGUUGGAGUGAGAAAUCAAAUAUGCAAUCUAUGUCUUUAGUUCACAUAGGAUGUCCAUGAUCAAAAUGCGCACUAGAAAAUGUCCUUUCCUGUAGUGAUGCUAUGUAGAACUUUCUCUUUGUGAAGAACACACCUAUGAUUAUUUAUCGAAGGGUAAAUAAAGUUACA